AGAUCGGAUAAAUUCGCCGUUCGCGGAGGCUCGCUCUCGCAGAAGACAGUGCACUUGAGAAAGCCCUUCGCUGGCUGGCUCGACGUGUAUGCUUUGAACGCUUCGCACCAUGUUAAUGAGUUUUUGUCAAAUUUUAAUAAACCGUUCGUGCAGUGCAUUCAGUAUACGAAAGAUAAUAACCAGUGCAAGACAUUUACCCUCUUGAUCGAGUAUCUUCGUUAGUACCACUUGUGCAAUAAGGAACGGGAAUGAGAAUGCCUGGCAAAGGGGGCAGAAGAGGAAGAUCCGGUCACAGUGGAAAAAGGGCUGAAUUAACAUCUGAUGAGGAUUCCAUCAACAAUGACGCGUGCAGCGUUACCAGUGGCCAGUCUGAUAAUCGCAGCGUGUUCGACGAUGUGAAUGACAAUGAGGUGGAUGAGAUUGCCCAACAAGAUGUGUUUGAGGAAAAACUUAAGGAAGCCAUAGACGGAUUAACUCAGAAGAGUGCUAAAGGCAGAACGAUCUGCUUUAAUGGGAUCGAAAAGAUUUUUACCAUCAAAUACAUACCAGAAUUCGUUGAAGACAGGAAGAUGACCAUUACAGACGCGGUAGAGCGAGGAUUAAAGAAAGGACGUUGUGAAGAACAGUCAACGGCAGCAAGGCUGGGUACUUUACUUUGUGUUCAAUUAGGAGCCUUCGAGAGUGCAGAGGUAGUUUGUAAAGACUUAAGAUCUACAUUAUCAUUGAUUGCUAAUGACAAGACCGCAACAACUGGUGCCAGAUCGGAGUGCUGUUGGGCCUUGAGUAUGAAUCAAUUUCUCAUUGGGAAUGAUGCUACCGAUACGAUUGAAAUAGUCCAGAUGCUGUCUACUAUUUUUGCUGGUUCAUAUCUGAAAGGCAAUGGUGCUGCAGCUACAGUUUCUGCUGAUAUGGCAGCUCUACAUGCCGCUGCACUCUCCUCGUGGACUCUGCUUUUAACUAUCAUGACACCUGCAGAUAUUUAUAAUUUACUCGCCAGCGAUCGGACCAAUAAUUAUAUGCCUUCCUUAAAUCGACUGCGGGAACUCUUGGAAUCACCGCACCUUGAAGUUCGUCUGUCUGCUGGCGAAGCCAUUGCUGUAAUCUUUGAACUUGGCCGUGAUUACUCAGCUGACUAUGAGCAAGACUGGGCUCUUGACCUCAUUGAAAUAUUAAAAGAUUUGGCUACUGACUCCAACAAGUACAGGGCUAAGAAGGAUCGAAAACAGCAACGUGCCAGUUUCCGAGAUAUCUUACGAUACAUCGAGGAGGAUACGAUCCCGGAGAUGCAUGUUAGAUUCGGCCCGGAGACCCUUUACUUGGAAGGAUGGUGUGCAAGGACUCAGUACAAUGCAUGUUGUCGAUUACUUGGCCCUGGCAUAAAUAUUCAUUUGUCUGAAAAUCAGCUGCUGCGUGAAAUUUUCAAUCUUGGUAACAAGGUUUUACCCCUACAACCCACUCAGAAAACGACCAAAUUGGAAAGAACCUUGAUGAACGCAGCUGCAUUCAAGGCACGCACCAUUCUACGUAACAAAAACCGUGACAAGCGUUCGGCAGCCCUGUUGGUAUAAUUUUUCGACUUUUUAAUUUCUACGGAUUAGGUAAUUUCCUACUUAGAAUUUCACACUGAAUAAGUGUAACUAUCAUGUAUUUAUUAUAUCAAUCGAAUAAUGAAAAAAACCAGUUGUAUGUUAUCGCUUCUAUAUGCGGUUUCACGGAUUUCAGGUUAUGUAUUUAGAUCUACUUGUUGUACGAUCUGUACCUUUUAGUAAAUUUGGUGCAAGCCUCUGAGUAGUGAAUUGAAAGAAGUAAUGCACUGUUUAGUUGCUUAUUAGAGCGUUCGUAGGAUGUAUGUACAUAUAAAAAAUGUAUAUACGAAAAUUAAUCAAUUGUUUCAUGGUCUGACACCAGACAGAAUUUUUCGGUGAUCUGGUCAUCAAUUUGCUAUAGUUGUUGAUUCACGCGUUAGAGAUGUUCUUAGGAUUAACUGUUACUCUAAUCGUUACCGUAUUUAUUGCAAGCUAAAAGACCGGUCCUCAUCGAUAUAUAUUAAAAUAUUAGAAAAUAAAAUUUAUACUUGGAUUUUAAUCGUCCAUUCAUAGGUCAACCGUAAAGUUACAGAUGUUGAUCAUCGGUGACUCGACAUUAGGUUUUUUUUUUUAAUGUUGACGAAGUCUCAAUACACAUCUCUUACAACUGACUGCAACUGACUGAUAUUACAGGGUCGCUUUAAAUAAAGUUUAUUUUAACGGGGUUUGUGACAUUGACACGAAUCGAUUUCAGAACCAGUAACUUCAAAGUUUUUGACAGACAGGCGAUGACGUUAGAAAUCAUCGACAGUGUGGCUAAGAAUGGACCGUCUUGUAUACUCUCUGUUUAAAAAUAAAUACAUUUCUUGGAUGCGUUACAAUGUA